AUGUCUGUCUUUCUAUCUACUCUUCGAAAGCAACUCUGUACAAUAAAUUGUAAAACACUUUUUCUUGAUUCUACACAAAGACAGCAUCGUUGGUUUGAUGUUAGUCGUACUCUUUCCAAAUCAUCAACUGAAUUACGAAGAUCAAUGCAUCGAGUGGAGACUAUUCCUGUUGAUUCUCGUGUAUUGAAUGGUGAUAUUCAUAUCUUAACACCCGAUGGUGUUCUUCAAGCCCAUUAUGGUCCAUUUGAUCGUGCUGAAAUCUGUCGUGAAUAUAAUAUUGGACCACGUGAUUUGCGAAAGCUCGAUCCAGAUCUUCGUAUCAAUGUUCCUGCUAUUAGUGUUCGUCAUGGAAAAUUCAUUCUAUUUUCGUUUCGACGCCAUCGAGCUGUUGUUCAACCUCAUCGAAGUGUUUUCUUCGUUCCAUCAAUUGAAAAAAUUCCUUUUGAACCAUUUGGAAUCAAGAAUGUUGCUGAAUGGGAAAAGAUUACUCAUGCUUAUCGUCGAAAUGUUCGAUAUAUUCAUCAAGUCUACAAUCAACGAUAUAUUACAGAGAGUACAAAAUCAUUGUCUCAUAUGCCAUUCGAAUUACAAAUUAUGGAAAUUAUCGGAGAAUCGAUAGCAUAUGGACUAAAAUUAAAAACUCAAGAUAUUCUCAUGGAAUUUGAAACAAUACGUCAAAGUAGUUAUGCUCGAAUAAGUAUUGACAGUCUUCGUGAACUUGGCUUUAUUAAAAGUAAAGUCGAUAGACAUCAUCGAAAUGCUGAUCUUGCACAUCAAGCUUGGCUCGAUUUACUUUCUUAUGACCAAAAUAUGAUGGGAUUGUAUUUGACUGAAAAUCGACAAAGUGAUUCGUCUGAUUUAAGCGACGUUGAACUUAUACUCGAAUCUUGUGCGAAACAGAUCGCUGAAAUUUGUCGAUUAGUUUAUGAUCUGAAAGAUUCUGUUCAAACUGUUGAAAGUACAACGGGAUUUAUGCUUGAUGCUGUCAGAAAUCAUCUUCUAGCUUUCGAAAUACGAAUCAAUAUUAUUACAAUGGGAUUUGGUAUUGGAGCAUUUAUAACAGCUAUCUAUGGAAUGAAUCUUUAUAGUGGAAUGGAAGAACAUCCACGUGCAUUACUUUAUGUUGCUGCUAUUUCAUCUUGUUUCGCUAUUACAUCAAUUGUUGUAGGAACCUAUCGUUUAUUCAAAUACAGAAGAGUUAAACUUCAUCGUCCGAAUCAAAAUACAUUAUCAUUGUAA